AUGAUACAUAUGAUAACAAACAAGCUGAAGGGAACCAUUGCUAUGGAUGCCACUAAAGGAGUCGUUAGAGGAUGGCGCGUCCUCAACACCGACUCCCCCAUCACUGUUCCUGUUGGUAGGGCUACCCUUGGUCGAAUCAUUGAUGUCAUUGGUGAGCCAAUUGACCAAAAGGGUGACCUCACAACCGAGCAUUAUUUUCCUAUUAAUAGAAAAGCUCCUUCUUUUGUUAAGCAAGCAACUGAGCAACCGAUUCUUGUUAUUGGGAUUAAGGUUGUUGACCUGCUUGCACCUUAUCAAAGAAAGGAAAGAUUGAUGACUGAUGAACAGACCAACAUUUGUUUGAUGGCUGAUGACAAUAUUUAUAAAAAUCAAAUAAGUUUCUCUAGCGAUUUUGAAAUUUCUGAUUAUAGUGAUAGUGAAUUUUCUUUACACUUACAAAGAAUUAUUAAUUGA